ACGCCUGUUAUGCACGAGGAGAGCGCGAGACCGGUGCACUGCUGAACAAACCAGUUCAACAUUUGAACUUUUUAUAAAAAGUCAUAUGACACUGGCUUUUGGACCGAGCACUUGACCUAAUGGAUCUUCAAGAAACUCUGCUUCGGUGACAGUGGGGCUGUCACAUGCCAACGGGACCGAGAACAGAUAACUGGGGCAACUGAAAAUGUCUUUAUUUUUCUCGUAUACAUUUAGAAUUUGUGCUCCAGUGUAGCUACUACAUAUGAGUCAUCCAACACUGGCAUUAUAAACGCCCAGAGACUUCGCCAAUUACUAAACACAGUCUUUGAGGAGGGUGAAGAUGCCUUUUCACCAUGUGAGAGCAGGGCUGCUCUACACAGACAACUACCUGAGCAACUCUCUCUCUGAAACCAGUGAAGAGCAGCUUGCCAACCUCUCCACAGAAGAGCUUGGUGAGAUUAGAGAAGCAUUCCGUGUUCUAGACAGGGAUGGGAAUGGUUUCAUCUCUAAGCAGGAGCUGGGUAUGGCCAUGCGCUCUCUGGGACACAUGCCCAGUGAGGUGGAGCUGGCUAUUAUCAUGCAGAGACUGGACAUGGAUGGUGAUGGACAGGUGGAUUUUGAUGAAUUUAUGACAAUAUUAGGCCCCAAACUCCUUUCUUCUGAAACCAGAGAGGGCUUCCUAGGCAGCACUAUAGACAGCAUAUUCUGGCAGUUUGACAUGCAACAGAUGUCUCUAGAGGAGCUCAAACACGUCCUGUUCCACGCCUUUAGAGACCAUCUCACCAUGAAGGACAUUGAGAACAUCAUCGUCACAGAGGAGGAGAGUUUGAAGGAGAACUCAGGAAACUGCCAGACUGAAUUUCAGGGAGUGCAUUCUAAAAAGAAGAAUCGGCAGACGUGUGUCCGCAAAAGCCUCAUCUGUGCUUUCGCAAUGGCCUUCAUCAUCAGCGUCAUGCUAAUCGCAGCCAAUCAGAUGUUGCGAAAUGGCAUGGAGUAGCACUGCCCACUGUGAACCUUGGGUGAUUCGAUCUUUGCUUGUACUGUACCCUCUUAAGAAAUAAGCAUCAAAAACUGCUAAAGCAAUUCCACAUUUUUUUUUUUUUUUUUACCAUCCAGAGGAUGCGGAUGAAUCCAAAAGGAAAGCUCUCUUUUAUUUUUAAUAUAGCAAGUACACUGACUGUGACAAACUUUCCAACAGCACUGAGGGAUCAUUUGUCCUCCAU